AGGCGAUAUGAGCUGAGCGCGGAGUUCAGGCCGUUGCUGUGGUAACGCGGACAUGCGCGUCUGUGGCUGAACAUGAUGCAUUGGGAUGUCGGUGGUGAAGAGUCUCGUUCCUGCGCGCUUCCUCACACUCUCCGCACACCUGGUCAUCAUCAUCACCAUCUUCUGGUCUCGCGAGAAUAACAUCCAGUCAUGUCUGCCACUGGAUUUCACUGAGGACCAGUUCAGAACAGAAGAUACACGGCUGGUGGUGGCGCUGUCGGUGACUCUGGGUCUAUUCUUCAUUGAGCUGGUUGGAUUUCUCUCGGGAAGCUCCAUGUUCAACAGUAAUCAGGCUCUUCUGUCUCUGGUCACUCACUCCAGCGCCUGCAUCAGUUUGUCCUUCUUUGUGUUCCAGCAAUGGCCCUGCUGGACGUACUGGAUCAUAUUCAGCCUCUGCAGUGUGUUUCCAGCACUCUUCGAGUUCUUUCUGUUCAUUUCACUGAAGUCAGUGUGAGAUUCUUCAGGACAUGAAGACCCUGCAAAAGAAAACACUGGAUGAAGAGUUUGCUGGACAGAUCGAGACGGUCUCGUGUUCUCCCCGGUGUUUUAGAGAACGAGAAAUGGAGAGAUUUGAAGCUGUUCAAAUCUUCAUGUGUUUUAGAAAGGAAUUAAACGUACAUUUUCACAUUGA